AUGUGGGAGAAGUACUGCCUGCGUCCAACUCAAGGCACUGUCUCCACCACCGUUCCAGUGUUUAUUUACGGCACAGCCUGGAAGAAAGACCGCAGUGCUGAUCUUGUCUACAACGCGAUCAAAGCCGGCUUCCGAGCAGUAGACACAGCGGCUCAACCCCGUCAUUACGAAGAGAAUCUCGUCGGCGAUGGUAUUCGCCGAGCAAUUACCGAUGGAAUUGUCACCCGAACAGAGUUAUACGUGCAAACCAAAUUCAGUCCUGUCUCAGCACAGGACAUGGCUGAUAUGCCCUAUGACCCGUCAGCGACGGUGACGAAUCAGGUUCACGCAUCUAUCAAAUCGUCAUUGCAUAAUCUUCGCUCAAAAGAUGAUCCUAGCUCUGUGGAUGAGGCCUACAUUGACACUGUGGUCAUCCAUUCACCACUUUCUACCCUAGCCCAUACCCUGGAAGCCUGGCAUGCUCUUGAGACCUAUGUCCCCCAUCAAAUCCGGAAUUUAGGUAUCUCCAAUUGUACAUUGCCUAUGCUCCGAGAAUUAUGUACCUCGCCCCAGAUCACUGUAAAGCCGUCAGUGGUACAGAACAGAUUUCACGAGCAGACCUUGUUUGACGUCCCUCUCCGUGCAUUCUGCGGCGAGAAUCACGUCAUUUAUCAAAGCUUCUGGACUUUGACAGCCAACCCGGACCUUGUACGCUCGGAGCCUGUGCAGAAACUUGCUCAGACUGUGAACAUCACACCCGAAGCUGCUUUUUACACUCUGGUCAUGGGCUUGGGCGAUGUGGCCGUGUUGAAUGGGACUAAGAAUGAAUCGCGUAUGAAGGAAGAUUUGGCAGCUCCCAAGCAAGUCGAGGACUUCACGAAGCAGCAACCUGACCUAUGGCAGCAAUUAUUGACAGAGUUCCGAGGUUUGAUCGGGGAAUACUCUUCCACAUAG